AUCCGAAUAUUUUUACUGAAUUAGUGUUGAAAAGUUCCAUAAUUUUUUAGACAAUUCACCGUAAUCAUGAGUUUGUUAGUAAUGAAUAACAUGUCUGGGUUAUUCCGACGCUGUUGCACCAUUCAGACCAGCAUCGUUCGAAAUUAUGCAACACCGAAGCCCGGGGGAGCUCUCGGUUCCAAGAAGAAAAAGCUCGGCAAGCUGGGUCCGGUGGUGGAGAAGAAAGAGAUCCCGGUGGAAACGGAUGCCAACAAGCUGGUCAACUACGUUUGCGGCAGUAACGUCCUGAAGACCGGCGAGGAUAUCAAACUGAAACCGGACGCGGAAUAUCCGGAAUGGCUGUGGAGCUUACACGUCGGUAAGCCACAGACCCUGGAAGAGUUGGAUCCCGAUAGCAAGGCGUACUGGCGGAAGUUGCGACGACUGGGCCUACAGCGAAACAACAAACUGGCCAAACUUAAAAAGUUCUAAGUGGUAGGUUUUGGUGCUUAUUUUUAUUCGUUUAAAAUAUUUGCUUUAUUGUAGAAUAUGAUGCUGUACAACUGUUUGCGAGGUAGAAAA